AUGCUCGCAAAUCAGCCGCAAGGCCAGCAGUCCAUCCUCCGCAGUCACGGCCUCGUCGAAUUCAAAGCAGGCAAGCUCAACCGCGAUGGCCACACCAAACUCGUCAAGCCCGACCCCCGCAAGGGUCUCUUCUACAUGGACGUCGAGGACGACCUUCUCCACCUCUACUGGAAACCUCGCAACGCCUCCGAGCCCGAGGACGACCUUAUCAUCUUCCCCGAGGAUGCCGAAUUCGAGCGUGUUUCGCAGUGUACCACCGGUCGUGUUUACGCUCUCAAGUUCAGGUCCUCCAGCGCAAUUCACUUCUUCUGGAUGCAGUCCAAGGACGAGAGCGAUGACGAGAGGUUGUGCAACAGGGUGAAUGCGCUCAUCGCCGAUCCCACCUCUCAGGAGCACGAUAUCGAGGAGGACGAGGACGACGAGGAUGAGGCGAAUGCCCGCCGCCUUUUGGAAGAUCAGCUUCGUUCCCUCGGUGCUGACUCCCAGAACGGUAUCCUUCAGCAGUUGCUCGGGGGUGUUGGCGGUGGACCCCAGGACUCUCCGCUCAUGGCUCGUUCGCGCCGCGGUGGACCGGGCUACUCCAGUCUUUCCCAGCUCGACCCUGACGCAAUUGGCGUUCCCCCUCCGGCCAUGGGUACCACCGGACCUAGUGAUUCAUCUGAUGCCAGGCUUCGUCCAACGGGCGCAGGAGAAGCCGCCUCCGGCGACAACUUUGCCAACUUCAGGAAUAUCUUGAGCAAUAUCCGCGUUCCUCGCGAAGUCGACCCCAUCGAUGAGGAACUCACCGACGUUCUCUCCCCACCAACCCUCGCACCUCUCCUCGCUGACCCAGAGACCCGCGCCUCCCUCUUCCCCCACCUCCCACAGACCGGCUCUUUCGACACUUCUGAAGAAUCCAUCCGCGAAGUCAUCGCAAGUCCGCCGUUCCAGCAAUCGUUGAGGAGCUUGAGUAGAGCUUUGAGGACGGGUCAGAUGACGCCUUUGUUGAGGAAUUUGGGAUUGGAGGUUGAAGAGGGGCAGAGCGUUAUUGGUGUUAAGGGAUUUUUGGAGGCAAUGGAGAGGCAGCUUAGGAGGCAGCAGAAUGAGAACAGCGGAGACAGCAUGGAUACUGACUAA